UACGAUUUCAGUUUGGACGCACGUACACGUAUUUAAACAGUAACGAAAAUCAAAGUGUGGUGAUUUUUUUUAAUUGUUAAUAAUGGAAUCUCAACGUGCUGCAGCAGGUCGAGGCAGAAGUGGUCGUGCUGGCGGUCAACGUGUUCGUGGUCAUCACCAAGCCCGACCUUCGGCCUCUGAAUCACUCGUCACUAUGCCAAUCGAGGCGUUGCCGGCGGUGCUCGCGCCCGUAGUGGAAAUCCCAAGAUCAGAAAUGUGGGGAUCCAACGCUUCGUCCCCGGCCAGGAGGGACCAGGAGACGCCUCCGGUGCCAUCACCUGCCCUAUACGUAGAAUGUGGGCCUAGCAGCGGGGCAAGCACGCCGACCACCGAGCGGCCUGCAAGUCUGAGUCACGUCUCAAAGGAAGCUCGGCGUGAAUUAAUCCCUUCGUCCUCUUCGUCCUCUCGAUCUCUUCGCGACGAAGAGAUUAUGGUAUUGCUCAAUUACGGCAGCGAAGAAGAGUCGGAGGAAGAGGAGGACGAAGAGACUAUGCAGCGGCUGACGGUGCCGCACUCGACCAGGAUGUGGUUAGACGAAGAGGAUGAGGAAGUUGAAAGAGGUGAAGAGAGGAUCCCUCCUCUCCCGAGAGAUAACAUUAAUAUAGAGCAACCUCCUCAACCUCUUCGUCUAUCCACAUCCACCUCACCGACGGCUCUUUCGCCCUCUGUGGCGCUAGGGCCAACUAAUAAAUUUAUGUUUGAAUGGAGAACGGCGCCAAUGCCUGCAAUCGAACCUGAUUUAAGGCGAGAACCGUUCUCCCAAAUUAGUGGUCCAAAGGUUUCUUUCGCGACUCCGUAUGAUGCAUUCAUUGCCAUAUGGGAUCGUGAAAUAAUGGAAUCGAUAGUCGAGGAAACCAACAUUUACGCACAGCAGCUGGCAACGGUCAUGCUGGAGACUGGGACGAUCCGCCCUCAUAGCUGGAUUACUCGAUGGCAAGAUACGGAUGUAAACGAACUUUACACGUAUUUUGCCAUCAUUCUGGCUAUGGGGGUGUUCAUCAAAAGCUGCCUGACCGAGUAUUGGUGCACGGCACAAGACGUAUUUUAUACACCAGGCUUCUCCGCCCAAAUGUCGUAUGACCGUUUCCGGCUGCUGUCAAGGUGCCUACACUUUUCUAAUAACACUGCUUGUGAUCUUGCAAUGUUGACACGACGCCAGGUCAAGCUGUACAAAAUACAACCGUUAAUAGACCACUUAAAUAAAAAAUUUGCGGAACUUUACAAUUUGGGUCAAAAUUUAGCAGUGGAUGAAAGUUUGACGAUGUGGAAAGGCUGGCUUGAUACAAACCAGUUCAUUCCACAAAAGGCAGCGACAGUUGGGAUCAAAACUUAUGAAGUUUGUGAAUCGCAGAGUGGUUACCUGUGGCGGUUUGAAGUUCACGCUGGCCAUGACAUCUCGGCUUCACAGGACGAUCCAAUUUCUGGCACAGUACCAGCUCUCGUGCUCAGACUUUUAAAUGGUCUUGAGCAUAAAGGGCACACAAUAUGGAUGGAUAAUUUUUAUAACUCUCCAGCGCUAGCCCGAGAACUUAAGACACGCGGCUUUGACUGUGUGGGCACACUGCGGACUAACCGACAAUUUGUGCCGUACGAAGUGACGUCCCUUACAAAAAGGGAUAUGACAGUCGGUCAAGUGAUGGGAUGCACCUCGGGAGAUGUGGAUAUUUUGGUGUGGAAAGAUAAAGGCCGGGUGGCAUUUAUUUCCACAUACCAUGGUCUUGCAUCUGUUACGUUUGAGGAAAGACUGAAGCCGACUGUCGCGUACGAUUAUAAUAUUUGUAUGGGCGGAGUAGACCGCAAGGACCAGCAGCUUGCAGUGUAUCCCAUAGAAAGAAGAAGGACAAAAGUUUGGUACAAGAGAUUCUUUAGAAGGCUCUUGAACGCUAGUGUCUUGAACUCGCACAUACUACACCAAAAUCAGUCAUUCUCACACCGGAAAUUCCGGACGGUGUUGAUCACUGAACUAUUGAGUGCACACCGUACACAACCACCUAGCACACUCACCCCAACACAUGUACAUUGCCCAGCGCAAUAUGGCCUGACCAAGAGCGGUAAAUCAGACCGCCUUAGGCGCCAGUGUGCCGUCUGCUCCAGGCGGACUCACACAUAUUGCAAGGCCUGCAACGUGGCAAUGUGUAUUUUCACUUGCUACGAGACAUACCACACUACACACCGACACUUUACCGGUCAUUGAUACUUAUUUUUAUACACACACGCGCAUGCACACAUACAGGGUAUAUAGGCAGUAGUGUUAAAGAUAUUUCUAUUGCCCUUGUAGCCAGACGAGCAUACCUGAUGGUGAGUGGUUACCGUAAAAAGUUAAGCUGGGCAUACCAGAUGGUAAGUGGUUACCGUAAAAUUUGUUAUUGUUACCAUCCAUAUUGUUGCACAGUACUAAAGAAAAAGCUGCAUGUGUUGUACACUUUUUUUUUUGCUAUCUGACAGCCCUUUCACACAUGGUCUCCGUUUUACUGAUCCGUUUUGUCGUAUACUUUUUUUUCAUCGAUGGAGCAUGAAGUUGUAUGAGCGACUUUACAUAGCCGCUCAUAUGAGCUCAUAUCAACUACCAGUUGACAUGGGCCUUCUGUUCCCCCGCCAUCUAUUUUAAUUUAAAAUUAAUUAAAAAAGAACUAUGUUAUCGCUUAAAAAUAGUCGUGCUCGAAAACGCGCUAUCUCUGUGUUCAGCGUAUCAUCAUUCUGCACCGUAGUUGAAUACUAAAAAACAAAAUACUUCAAUGUGAAGCAUAAUUCAUACUAAGCUUAAAAACAUAACACUUGCUUGAGGUACAAUGAAUGGUUUUGUGAUAACGGAGCCGCGCGGCGCAGUUGUAAAAAAUGACGUGGCACUUAGGGUGAGCGUCAAGAGCCCGUUCGGGCAAGCCAGCGACAGUAUUCGGUAACCAGUAAAAAAAAAGGUCCGAUACAUUAUGACAUUGUGUUUUUUUUUUAUUUUUUUGUUGUAUCUGCGAAAACGGGUACCGUAUACACGGAGACUAUGUGUGAACGGAUUGUUAGGGCCAGCGUCGUGUCAACAAUGCAAUUCGCAAUUAUUAGAGGUGGCACAUAAAUUAAGUACGCAGUUGGGUUAUUAUGGGUGUUGGUUUAUUUAUGGUUGAUUUAUUUAUAAGCUAUCUUUUAACUGUGUGGUAUCUAAGUACGAUUAGUUGCAAGUUACCUAGUUGUUAUUAAUUAUUAUUAUUAUUAUUAUUUUUUCAUCACGAUAACAUUAAAAAAAAUGUUUAUUUGACCUAUCAAUCAAAAAGUGUCGAAA